AUGCGACAAAAAGUCAAGGAGGGGGAUGAGAAGUACAAUCCAAAUUUUGCAGCCCGUGCUGGUCGAGUCCUUCGCCACCAGCUCGACGGUGUGGCGUACAGUGAUGAUACCCCGCAGCAAGAAGAAGACUCUCUUCUGAUCACUAUCAACUUCUCAAUCGAUUACUCCAACCCCUCCAAGUCUCUUCAAGGUCAACAUAAAUCUGUUGGGGUCAUCAUGGGUCAGGUCGCUGAGCUUCCCAAUGUGUAUCACACCAAAUUCCACUACAACUUGAUGCUGGGUAUGACACCUGCUCCAAGUGAGCCUCCUUCCCAUCUCCUCUACCGGGUCUUGCUCAGUUUUGGGAUGGACCUACUUGCCGGCUGUACCGAUGGCCUCUGGAUCAAGACUCCGAAGUACCCAGCUGGUCGCAAGAUAUACCUUUGUGUGGGAGCCAUUAGCUGCGACCUCCCUGCCUCUGUGGCUGUCACUGGCCUCCCUCACUACAGAUGCAAGAAGGACCCCUGCCUCAAGUGCACUGUGUCUCACAAGCAGAUGCACUUGAUACAGUCGUUCCCGGCGAAGGUCUGGCGUUGA